GCGGCCCGCGAGGCUAGAGCUAGGGGCGGGGGCGGGCCAAGGACUGGACUCCAUUUCCCAGCGGCUCUGUGUGUGCAGAGUGUGCGCAGAGUUACGGCGUUGGGCGGAAGAUGGCGGCGGCGGCGACGUCUGCGAAGAGGCGCUGCUGAGGGGGCGCGAGGGGCACGAAGGCUGGAGCCGCGGGAGCACCUGAGGGCAACCAUGGCAAGCGGCAGUGGCGACAAUGUCACUCGCCGGAGUGUGGCAUCGCAGUUUUUCACACAAGAGGAAGGGCCAGGCAUCGAUGGCAUGACCACCUCAGAGAGGGUAGUGGAUCUCCUGAACCAGGCGGCACUGAUCACCAACGACUCAAAGAUCACAGUGCUCAAACAGGUUCAGGAACUGAUCAUCAACAAAGACCCCACCCUACUGGACAACUUCCUGGAUGAGAUCAUCGCUUUCCAAGCAGACAAGUCAAUUGAAGUACGAAAAUUUGUCAUUGGCUUCAUCGAGGAGGCAUGCAAGCGAGACAUCGAGUUACUGCUGAAACUGAUUGCAAACCUCAACAUGCUCCUGAGGGAUGAAAACGUGAAUGUGGUGAAGAAGGCCAUCCUCACCAUGACCCAGCUCUACAAGGUGGCCCUGCAGUGGAUGGUGAAGUCACGGGUCAUCAGUGAUCUGCAGGAGGCCUGCUGGGACAUGGUGUCUGCCAUGGCUGGGGACAUCAUCCUGCUGUUGGAUUCUGACAAUGAUGGCAUCCGCACCCAUGCCAUCAAGUUUGUGGAGGGCCUCAUUGUCACCCUGUCACCUCGCAUGGCCGACUCAGAGGUUCCCCGGCGUCAGGAACAUGACAUCAGUCUGGACCGCAUUCCUCGAGACCACCCCUAUAUCCAGUACAAUGUGCUAUGGGAAGAAGGCAAGGCAGCCUUGGAGCAGCUGCUUAAGUUCAUGGUGCACCCCGCCAUCUCCUCCAUCAACCUCACCACGGCGCUGGGCUCCCUCGCCAACAUCGCCCGCCAGAGACCCAUGUUCAUGUCGGAGGUGAUCCAGGCCUAUGAAACCCUGCACGCCAACCUGCCCCCAACGCUGGCCAAGUCUCAGGUGAGCAGCGUGCGCAAGAACCUCAAGUUGCACCUGCUGAGCGUGCUCAAGCACCCGGCCUCCUUGGAGUUCCAGGCGCAGAUCUCCACACUGCUGGUGGACCUGGGCACGCCUCAGGCUGAGAUCGCCCGCAACAUGCCCAGUGGGAAGGAUGCCCGCAAGCGGCCCCGGGACGACUCAGACUCCACGCUCAAGAAGAUGAAGCUGGAGCCCAACCUAGGGGAAGAUGAUGAGGACAAGGACUUGGAGCCCGGCCCCUCAGGAACCUCCAAGGCUUCAGCCCAGAUCUCAGGCCAGUCAGACACAGACAUCACAGCUGAGUUCCUGCAGCCUCUGCUCACGCCUGACAACGUGGCCAACCUGGUCCUCAUCAGCAUGGUGUACCUGCCCGAGACCAUGCCCGCCUCCUUCCAAGCCAUCUACACCCCUGUGGAGUCAGCAGGCACCGAAGCCCAGAUCAAACACCUGGCUCGGCUGAUGGCCACACAGAUGACGGCAGCAGGACUGGGUCCAGGUGUGGAACAGACCAAACAGUGUAAGGAGGAGCCCAAAGAAGAGAAGGUGGUGAAGCCAGAGAGCGUCCUCAUCAAGAGACGCCUGUCUGCCCAGGGCCAGGCUAUCUCAGUGGUGGGCUCUCUGAGCUCCAUGUCGCCCCUGGAGGAGGAGGUGCCCCAGGCCAAGAGGAGGCCGGAGCCCAUCAUCCCUGUCACACAGCCCCGGCUGGGAGGUGCUGGUGGGCGCAAGAAGAUCUUCCGUCUGAGUGAGGUGCUGAAGCCCCUGACUGACGCCGAGGUGGAGGCCAUGAAGCUGGGCGCUGUGAAGCGGAUCCUGCGGGCCGAGAAAGCCGUGGCCUGCAGCGGGGCAGCCCAGGUGCGCAUCAAGAUCCUGGCCACCCUGGUGACACAGUUUCACUCCGGCCUCAAGGCUGAGGUCCUGUCCUUCAUCCUGGAAGAUGUUCGGGCCCGCCUGGACCUGGCCUUCGCCUGGCUCUACCAGGAGUACAAUGCCUACCUGGCAGCCGGCUCCUCUGGGUUCCUGGACAAGUACGAGGACUGCCUCAUCCGCCUGCUGUCUGGCCUGCAGGAGAAGCCGGACCAGAAGGAUGGCAUCUUCACCAAGGUUGUGCUGGAGGCACCACUUAUCACUGAGAGUGCUCUGGAGGUGAUUCGCAAGUACUGUGAAGAUGAGAGCCGCACCUACCUGGGCAUGUCCACCCUCCGAGACCUCAUCUUCAAGCGCCCAUCCCGCCAGUUCCAGUACCUGCACGUGCUCCUGGACCUCAGCUCCCACGAGAAGGACAAGGUGCGCUCCCAGGCCCUGCUCUUCAUCAAGCGAAUGUAUGAGAAGGAGCAGCUGCGCGAGUACGUGGAGAAAUUUGCCCUCAACUACCUGCAGCUCUUGGUGCACCCCAACCCGCCAUCUGUGCUCUUCGGGGCCGACAAGGACACAGAGGUGGCCGCACCCUGGACUGAGGAGACGGUGAAGCAGUGUCUGUAUCUCUACCUGGCCCUACUGCCUCAGAACCACAAGCUGAUCCAUGAGCUGGCGGCCGUGUACACUGAGGCCAUUGCUGACAUCAAGCGGACAGUGCUGAGGGUCAUCGAGCAGCCGAUCCGAGGAAUGGGCAUGAACUCGCCAGAACUGCUCCUGCUGGUGGAAAACUGCCCCAAGGGGGCAGAGACACUGGUCACCCGAUGUCUGCACAGCCUCACAGAUAAAGUCCCACCUUCCCCCGAGCUGGUGAAGCGGGUCCGGGACCUCUACCAUAAGCGGCUGCCUGACGUCCGCUUCCUCAUCCCUGUGCUCAACGGGCUGGAGAAGAAAGAGGUAAUCCAGGCCCUGCCUAAACUCAUCAAGCUCAACCCCAUUGUGGUGAAGGAGGUCUUCAACCGCCUGCUAGGCACCCAGCAUGGUGAAGGGAACUCGGCCUUGUCCCCCUUGAACCCUGGAGAGCUCCUGAUUGCAUUACACAACAUUGACUCCGUGAAGUGUGACAUGAAAUCCAUCAUCAAAGGAACCCCAGCUGCAGCUCUCCGGAGCGCCACUCUCCCUCCCUAAGAGGCUCUGGAUCAGGACCCGAGCUUUGCCACCUGUCACCCUGUCUGCUCUGAAGACAACUGUUCUUUGAUUCCUCUUCUCUUGGGUGGGGACUUCUUCUCUGUGCCACCAUGUUUCUUGUUCUAGCUUCCAAUGCCUUGUUUCCUAGCCCCCCUUAGAAGGUUCCCAACAACUUCUCAGGUCAGGCGAGGAGCUAAUGACAAGGUAACACCGAGGAGGUGCCGAGGCCUGUGGUGGAGAAGCAGCGGGAGAAAAGCUCUCGCAGGUUAUAGUCUGAGACUGGUCUUUUGGCCCCAGGCUGCUUCUUGUGUUUCUGGGUGCUGGGGAUAGGACCCAUGGCCUUACUGCCAUUGGGCCAUGUUCCCUUUCUCUCCUGCCCCCUUGACACACCACAGAAAGUGCUGCCAUUCCCAGGGGCGGCCUGAUCACAUGCUUUAUGCUCACGUGGUAUGGGCACAAUCCAAAGGCUUUGCAGGCACAGCCACCCCUGCUAAGGCCGUUCCUGGAUCCAGAAUAGAAUCCUCCAUCCCCAGGCCUGUGUUGCUCAUAGGGGGACUGUGGCUGGGAAGAAGGAACUCGAGGCCACUGAGGUGGCCAAUAGCCAAGGCCUGGUGGUGGCAGCAGGGCAUGCAACCCUGACCACCUCACCUUGCUCUGGCGUACUUGGGCCCAUCACCGCCCCCCCCCCCUGCUCAGCUGCAUUCCCCUGGCCCCACCCACAGCCACUGCACCUUUCCCCUGCCCUGGCCUUAACUCCCGCUGCGCUAGUGCGCACAGUGGGAAGCAGGCUGAGAAGUCUCAUCCUGUCCUGUGUGUCGCAGCCCCCGGCCCCUGCUGUUUGCUCCCACAUAUCCCAGUGAAGAGCAGAGAGGGAGAGAGGAGAGAGAAAGAGCGAGCGAGCGUACCUGGACAGACUAGGAAGGCUUCCUGGGGGAGCAGGAGCCAGCAGGGGUGAGGAGGCAGGGAGAAGACCGCAGAGCUGGUGCUGGUGCUGUGUCCUGAACCUGCCAGGCUGACCCUGGGCUUGAGGGAGGGGCAGGUUGUGACCACUGGGGAACCCGGUCCCAGCCGCCCACCCACGUGGAGUGGGGAUUUGCUCUGUUCUCUUGUGGUCCUCUAGAAAGGGGGACGACCAGGUCGAGCUUUUGCCUAAUCUCUCACAGAGCAGAUGAGGGCCCAGUGGGAGCCUGGGUGGAGUGGAAAGAGCCAGUUCUGGGGGCCUUUAGUGGCAGGCAGGCAGGAAGGACACAGGGCUCUCUGGCAGGGGGAGGAAAGGGGGUGCUUCCUCAGUUUAUUGUGGGUCCUCACCUACACUCUCCUCUGCCCCUUCAGCCUCCUCCCCCUCUGUUUUCCUGUUGUGUCUCCCCCUUCCCUCCCUCUCUGGGCCCCGUUCCCUGUAAGACCACCACACCCCAUUCUCCCCAGCCUCUCUUCUGGCUCAAUAAAGAUUUCCAUUGACAGAC